AUUCGCCAACGCUACUCUCCGACGAUUUGAAUCUAGACAUCGUCGGCAACAAUGGUUGAAACUCGGGGUUCUGCAACAUCAAGCAAAGAGGGGAAAGUUUACGAAAGAUCUACAGCGUGCCGGAAGACCGAAGCAAAAACGGAGCCCGCAAAAGCCGUUAUGCAUCGAAAGCCACCUUGAGCAAUGUUGAGGGACGCAAUGUUAUCAAACCACACUCGUCAACAGCUGACGGAGAUGCAUCUGCUGACAUUCUGAACAAGGACAAAGGGCAAGCUGUGAAUGAGUUGUCUGGAAAUGGUAUAGCAUUGGAAGGUUCAGAUACUAUGAGCAAGUGUACAACACAAAAAGUGAAGAAGCCGCUGUCAUUGAAUUUGUUGCAUGCAAUUUCAAUAAGUAAACAAACCGAAGCAACAAAGAGAUCAAAGCUAACCGGUGGUACAGUUGGAAGCAAAGAUGUGGACAAGGAAUCAAGUGCCAAGAAAACCACAGGUUGUGGUGUUGAGCACGAAAAGAAUAGUUCUGAUAGAAUCCCUGAAUCAGACAAGAGUACUAACAAUGAAGAUGUUUUUGGUAAACAAACUGUUGAGGAUACGACUGUCAAGAAAACUAAUAACAAGGGAACCUCUUGUAUGUCUGGUGGGGAAAAAAGUAAGGUAACAAUGAAAAAUGUGUCUUUAGACCAAGUUUCCGGCAAGGAGAUUGUUGAACAGACCAUCACAAAAGAUAUUGUUGGUGAAAAAAUUGAUGGAGAUAUGGCUGUCGGUGAAGCUUCUGAGAAGGGAUGCUCUGGUGUGUCUGGUACAAAGCGUCCACGUGAAGAUGUUUUAGAUCGAACUGCUAGCCCAAUGAGCAAGAUCAGUGAAAAAAGAGGAAAAGGAAAGGUUGUUGUCCAUAAUGAUACAAGUGAGAAUGUAGUUGCACCUGGAGUCAAAAAGGGUAAAAAGAAAAAGGAGUUUGAAACAAUGAAGUUGAAGAUUAGUCCUACUUACAUUAUAGAGGUGAUGCAGUCGUUAAACGAGCGACAACGUGCAGCAGUAGAUGAAAUGGGCUUUGGUCAGCUAAUACAUUUUGGUAUAACUGAAAUUCCAGGAAAAAUGGCGUACGAUCUUCUUCUGGCAUUCAAUAAUGUCACAUGCACACUCGCACUCAACAGUCAACCUUUACAAAUAUUCCCAGAAGAUGUAUAUGUCACAUUGGGACUGUCUAUAGGGGGGACCGUAAUUAGAAGGGUAAUUAGGCAAACUAAGCAGCCAUUUAUGGAUGAAGUAGCACGUAGAGUGUGCAAAGAAAGGACGCAAAUGGUUCCAGAUGACUUGAUUAAUGAGAUGCAUACGGAUAAAUCAGGGGGUGAAUGGUUUAGAAAGUUGUUUGUCCUGAUAGUUGACACAGUACUGAUUGGUCCUUGUGGCGAUGGUCGUUGCAGAACUCAGAUAGCCCAUAUUUAUGAUGAUAUAUCUAUUGUCAAGGACUACAAUUGGUGUGCCUACACGCUCGACUCACUGGUUGUAGGUCACAAAAACUGGAACAAGAAUAAGAAAAAUCCUUUUAGUGGACCAGCAGCUUUCUUAGUAGCUUUCUAUGUCGACCGUGUGUUCCACCAGACACUCCUAGUGUCUAGAGUCUUCCCAACUGUGUCAGGGUGGACUAGUGAGCUGCUACGCAUAAGACAGAAGAUGGAGGUCCAAACUGGGUGUAUUGGGCGGGGAAGUGUGAUUGAAAGAGGAGAUCCAGAAAAGUUGCCACGACCCACUAAAAUUGUAGUUUUGGAAGUUGAGGACAAAAUAGUUGAGAACCCUUUAUCAAAGGCAAUGGUGGCAUUGGCUGAGGCGGAAGAGGAGGCAACUAAAGCGAUUCAAAGUCUUCUCAACCGGAUCAACGAUGCUGCUGCACUAAUUGAAAAUAUUGAAUCUUUUCGUAUUGCAGCAACCACUGCCUACAAGAUGCUGGGGGUGGUUCCCAAAAAUGGCAAUGAAGACGAGGACACCUUGGAAAAUUUGAAACAAGCAUUGACUAAGGAGGAACUAGACACUCCUGAAAUUCUCGUUGUCGUGGCGAAUAUGAUGAAGGUUACCAAUGUACUGAAGAAGAUGGCCGAGGUUGGGCCAACAUUUGACAUUGGGUUCUCUUUUGGAAGAAAUAAUGAUCAGACUGGAAAUGAUAUUGUAAUGUACCAAGCACAGGAUACUAAUAAAGAAGAUAAUAUCAUCGAUCAUGAUGCACUGAACGGUGAAGAAAUCAAGUGUAUAUCCGACCCCACAACGUUCACUACUAUUGGAAUGAAUCAAAACACGGAUGAUACAAAAUCAUUUUUAAGUAUUGGCUGCUCAGCAAGACCUGGGGUUGGAACGAAGGAGGAUGCUAGCAAUGUCGAAGAAAUUGUAAAAUCAGCUAUCGAAGCUUUCAUGGAAUGUGGUGAUGAUGAUGAUGAUGUAGUAUGCUUGGCUUCUAUGGUGAACAACUCAGUGACUAGGUUUGGGAACCAGAUAGUGAGCACAAGGAUCGAUAAGGGUAAAGCAAUACUAGUCGAACCUGAGGUGAAAAAUCCAGUUGAUGCACCCAUGGAUUUUGAGGACAACGAAGCUGAUUUUGUGACGCCUUUUUCAAAGAAACCGAAGCCUAAAAUGUGCAACGAAUUAGGCAUAUGUGAUACUGACAAUCCAAAAGAUGAUGCGGAGAAUUGGAAGCUGAAAGUGAGAGCAAGAGCUGAGAUGAAGUUAAGUGAUGCAAUGCGUUCCCCAUACUAUGAACGUGCUGGGGUUUGGUGCCCCUUGCACAGCGGAAGACUUGUACAAAUAAAUAAAUCAGAUACGGAUCUAUUUGACCGAUUAUGCGAUUAAUCAAUUCACAUGU